AUUGCUCUCACUGAGCUCGCAUCCACUUAUCACUGAUUCUGCUCAAACAGUAUCCGGGGAAUCAUGGCAAGCACACUCGUGCUCGUAGUUCUAGCACUCAUGUGCCCAGCGGGCAUCCACGGCAAAGUUAUCAACUCUGUGAUAGUUUCCCUUUUCUGUUUCUAAUAGGGCCCUUACAUCUCGUACGGGGAGCGCUUUUACAUGUGUGAAUCCGACAAUCAGCCGCUUCCCUGGAGAUGGUAUUUGCGUGCCACUCACUUCAACCCACUUAAACCAAAAGAGUUGCAGCGAAUCACAGGCAAUGUGACGGCUACAAGUGGAAGUUUUGAUAACAGCGACUGGCUGAAAGUAAUUGCGGAUACUCGGUCAAACAACCAGUGGAAGGAAAACGCCUUUGUCUUUAAAUUUAACAACGGGGCAUGCCGACAUUUUAAAAUAAAUAGUCCUGGAUUUUACGGGCUACUUUUAAAGAAGAGAGAAGUUAAAGGCGCGUGCGUGUUUAAACCUGGAGUUUACGAGUUCAAUGAUGCCCCACUGAACUGGACUUUUCCAAAUUUUCCGAUCAUACCUUACGGACAGUAUAGGUUCAGAAUGAUGGUUGGUAAAGCGGAAAACCUAUACGCAUGCUGGGUAGUAGAAGGAAGAACUAUUCCAAAGCUCGAGUAGCACUUCAAUUUAUGGCUAUUUCAUUUGCCAACGGCUCCUUAUGGCCCCGUGCGCAACCCGCUCACCUGCGUGCAUGCGGUACAGUAAAACUACGAAAGUGGGCGACGUGAGUCAGCCACCUGGUACACAUUACCCGAUAUCUCACACCUUUGCGCGGGGCUCAUCAAAUUCAAAUACAUGAUUCAAACAGGCCUGGGACGAAAA